UUCUUCUCCAUUUUUUCUCCAUUCACUCGUCUUCUCCCUCUCUAUAUAUACUAACAAACAUUUUGGAAAUUUAUAUAUGUUGAUUGUAUCCCAAGAAAACACAUCCACCUGGCCUGAGAGAGAGAGAGAGGGAGAGAGAGACAACAAUUAACGUUAAACGAUCGAAUUGAAUACAUACAUAUAUACCUACGACGACGACGACGAGUAAGAAAUGGGUGCAGAAAUCUCACCGGGUUUCCGCUUCUACCCCACCGAAGAAGAGCUGGUUUCUUUCUACCUCCACACCAAACUGGAAGGCAACCGCCGUGACAUCGACCGCGUCAUCCCCGCUCUCAACAUUUACGAUCUCGAGCCCUGGCAUCUUCCCAGGCUUUCGGGGGAGCUGUGCGCCGGCGACAUGGAGCAGUGGUUCUUCUUCGUGCCGAGACAAGAACGGGAGGCGCGCGGCGGGAGGCCUUGCCGGACCACCGCCACCGGCUACUGGAAGGCCACGGGGUCGCCCAGCUACGUCUACUCGUCGGGGAACAAGGUGAUCGGAGUUAAGAAGAGCAUGGUUUUCUACAAUGGGAAGGCGCCCUGUGGAAGAAAGACGAAAUGGAAGAUGAAUGAAUAUAGAGCCAUCGAAGAAGUAGUAAUGCCCACCUCCACUGUUCCAAAGUUAAGGCAUGAAAUGAGUCUUUGCCGGAUAUACGUGAUAUCUGGGAGUUUCCGAGCGUUUGAUCGACGGCCAAUAGGAGCACCACAAUCAUCAUUACAGAGAAGAGAAAGUGGAGAAGGAGGUGGUGGGAGUGGUUGCUCAAACAUUAAUAUUAAUAUUAUUAAUGAUGAUGACAAAACCAAAACAUUAAUGGAGUUGGAAACGUCAAAAAAGAGUUCUUCGCCGCCGCCGCCGCUUAGUGCAUCGCUUAUGGAUGAGCAGUGCGAUGAUGGUCGCAUGAAAAUGGAAAGCACCACCAACCUUAACCUAUGUUCCAUGGUCAAAAACGUUGAACCCAUUUGUCAUGACUGGAUGGGAAAAGCUUAAUUAAUUGAUAUACUCAUCACCGGCCAGUUGAUGUUCGUUGACGACGUAGAAAUCAUGGGACAUAAUUCAUUAGUAUACGUAGUAUUAUUGAAGAUCUAGUUAGAGGAUUUCUUGGUCUUCGUUCGAUCCCUUUUAGAAUUAACAUGAUCAAAUUAAAGCAACUAGAAGCUAGCUAGCUAGAUCAAAAUGAUGAUAACAGUCCUGGAAUGUUAUGAAGCUAGGUUUGAUUAUUAUUGUAUUCUAUUAUACAUUUAGACUUGUAUUGUAUUUUUUCGAUUUGACGACUACUAUAAAUAUAAUACUUUGUUAUUAUCCA